AUGGCCUCAACUCGGCCAGUCAGGAUCGCAGUCAUCGGCACCGGCUUAAUCGGGCCCAGGCAUGCGAAGGCAGUCAUACAAGAUGCCAAUGCCGUGUUGACAUGCAUAGUCGACCCCAGCCCGGCAGCUCAGGAGGUGGCUGCUGCUCUGCAAAUACCUCUUUAUCCCUCUGUACAGGCCAUGCUCUCGUCUCCGCAUAGACCUGACGUAGGCAUAGUUUGCACUCCCAACCACACACAUGUCCCGGUGUCAACGGAGCUCUUGUCUGGCGGUGUCCAUGUGCUCUGCGAAAAGCCCAUCUCUGUCGACAUUGCAGGCGGACAAGCACUGGUCGAUCACGCGGCGGCCCGUGGAUUGCAUCUACUUACUGGUCAUCACCGUCGCUUCAAUCCGUUUGUCACGGCUGUGAAGCGCAUACUCGACACCAAUUCUCUUGGUAGCAUCACCGCCAUCUCGGGUCUCUGGACGCUCUUCAAGCCCUCACCGUAUUUCGACCCGCCGACUGCAUGGCGCCGGAGCGCCGAAAGCGGCGGGCCAGUGCUCAUCAACCUGAUUCAUGACAUCGACGUGCUGCACUACCUCCUCGGCCCCAUCAAAACCGUCGCGGCAUUCGAAGCAGUCAAGCGUCGUGGCCACGAUGCAGAAGAGGGUGGUGCCAUUUUGCUGCAUUUCGAAAGCGGAGUCGUCGGGACCUUUGUGCUGAGCGACGCCGUUGUGAGCCCUCACGCCUUCGAGUUGGGCACCGGAGAGAACCCGCUUUUUCCACCGACAGGUGAGGACAUUUAUCGAAUCUUUGGCACAGAAGCGACAUUGAGUGUUCCCGACUUGAAGCGAUGGUCAUAUGCCCAAGGAACCCAGAAGUCGUGGCAGAACAAGAUGAUUCAGGAAACACUCUCGUUAAACGGCUUGUUGUCUGAGAAAGAGAGGCUGAAGGUCCCAUUUGAGCUGCAAGUCGAUCACCUGGUUCAAGUAGUUAGAGGGGAAGCAAGUCCAAUCUGUAGCGGAGCUGAUGGGUUGGCAGCAGUGAGAGUGGCUGAGGCGGUGCGGAAGGCAUUGAGGACAGGUGGAGUGGUUACUGUCAACUACAAGGAUAAGGAUCAGCUCAAACUAUAA